AUGUCCGAGUGGCUGGCCGUCGAGGCGAUCGUCUGCCAGCGGGAGCGUGAGGCCAACAUCGCUCGAACGGCUCGUUUCACUUGCCAUCGCCGUCUCAUGCUCAGCCCUGCUACCACCACCCAAGCGGCCAUGGCAACGAAGCCUGGCAACGGCUUCACCAGCGGCCAUUGCUGCGCCACGUCUGCCCCGGGUUCGACAUCCACGUCUGUCUCCGCCUCGUCGUCAUCGUCGUCCUCGGUUUCGCUGUUCACCUCAGUUUGGCCGGCCAAGUUGAAGGCGCUAAGCAUUAAGGGUUCUGCUGAUGAAGGCGUUGGCAACUGCAGUCUGCUGAAACAACACUCGGCGCCCAUGAUAGCCCGGAGCUCGAAUGCAUGGCUGCUCACCGACCGGCCGCAGCAUUUGUUCUCAUCCACGCUGGAUGAGGCCAAGGCCCCGACGGAGGUACGUGUCUGCUUCCACCACUUGCUGGUGAAUCGUAAAAUUUGGCACAGACAGCUCGACUAA